AUGGAUGUUAGUGCCCGCGAUUCACGCUUUCCUGAACAAGCACGCCGCCUCCUCGGAAUCCUCGCCGAAUCCGACAACCAAGAAGACCAAAACGCACCACAAACUCCGCUGGGAAACGAUGCUGAAUUCAAAUUGCCCGUUCCCCCGGAACCGAUCGCGUUGACGGCUGCAACCACCGUACUUCCCGAGCAUGGCAGAAGUGACGAGACAAAUCAAUAUGUCGGACCCAUUCCCGUAACGGCCUCAAUUCCCAAUAUUCUUGGAGUCUUUGUACUUUACCCAUUGGGGAACUUCUCUAUGAGAAGCCAGGCCCAAAGGACUUUCUGGAUUAUUUAUCAGUCCAUGAGGUCGGUCAUGCUUCUCGCUAGGAUCUGGACACUCGGCGAUGUUCACUUACUAAGGGAUAGUCACAACGCGAAAUUAUCCCAUCACGUUUUCCUGUCACUAGUUCGAAGGAUUGGACUUCGGGCGGUUGUCUCGUUCUCCUUUCAUUGCUAUCGAUAUCUUCGCCAUCGCACGUCUUUCGCUGCUCGUCCCGAACUCGUCGAUCUAGAUGAAAUGCCAGAGCUCCGUUACGACUCCGUCCAGUGUUCUGCGUUGGGCUUGCUGAAUAGAGCAGUUUGUGUAGCCCUUAACUAUAACGGUACAGUAGACCGACGGCACCUGAAAAUAUGCAGGAAUAAUGGCCGUAGAGGGCUUCAAAGUGAGAUCACUUUCGCAUGUAUUGGCGGUGUCAAGCAGUUAUAUCACAGCAAUGAGGCAAUGGUUAUUAUGAAGAAAUACCGACCUAAGCGAUGUAAGAGGCAUUAA